AACUCUGGAUGAAAGGCAAAAUCAACAGUUCUAUAAUCGAAAUAGAAAAUAAGAACAAAAUGAAAUUUGGGAUUUUUGGUAGCAAGAAGAAAGAUGGGCAUGAAGCCGAUCCUACUGCUGGCGUUUUAUCGGACCCGGAAGAGGCAGAGAGCGGGGUGAACAUGAAAUGGAAUGACAUGUAUGUUGAAAUCGACGAUGAUGCCAACGAAACCAUUGCGAACGAAAGCUAUAACAGCACAACCGAAAAACGGUGUGGCGGUCGCACGAUUCCUGGGUCGAUGUCAGAGCCAACGAUGGAUGGUUCUAGGAUGAAUUCCGCCUUUGUAAACAAGUCUUUCGCAAACAAUGAGGAAAAGCAGGAUGAUGGCCCUGAUUCACUAGAAGUUCCAAGCAACGCUGACAGUGGUACCAUUACCAAUUCUACGACGGAGGAUUGCACGAUCAACGUGGACGAUUUACCCGACCAUCUUCCUCAAGGUGUCGAAACCAACUCGAAGGAUUUUUCGAUCACAAACAAUGGAAAAUACCUGUCAAACAACUACUUUGCCAAUGCGCAACUGAUGAGAUGGAAACACGCCGCAGAAGAAGGUCCGAUCUUUAUCCAGGUGCUCGCGGCAUUGGCUGCCAUUGGUGCCAUGACAACCACAAUCUAUCCUCUCGUAACAUUCUAUACCGUCUGGACAGCCCCGCUUUGUAUAUGUGCAUUGCAUACAACUGUACUGUGCAGUCUGAUUGUUACCUUCGAAAUGCGUGCCUGGUGUGUCCGAAAUCCGAUGAGCUUGAGAGCAAGAAUUCGCAACUUGUUGGUUCGAUAUCUGAAUGUCCUACGCUUCUUGUGGGGUCGAGGAUUGCUGUAUAUAUUUGCCGGUUCCAUGAACAUUACAAUUUACUACAAGCCCUACACAUCCUACUCUGGUUUCACCUUGAUAGCGCUGGGAAUCUUGGCCAUUAUGGUGGGUGGAAGCUCCGCACUCAACCUCGAACACCUACGUCUUUCGCUGACUGAUCGUUCCUUCCUUUGGAGCAAAUUUGUGGAAGCCGAUUCCGAUAGCGACAACAUGAUCAAUCUCACCGACUUUUCGAAUCUUAUCUGGAGCCUCGGCUUGGAACUGGACGAUUUCUAUACCUACCGUGCUUUUUCCGACGUCGACAAGCGAUCGCAUUCGCACAUUACUUUCGAUGAGUUUCAAUACUGGUGGAUGGCAAGCCAGGAUGGCGAUGAAACUGUUUUAACAAUGGCCGUAAGCAAAAUUUCGGCGUUCCCAUCGGUUGCACCCUCGCAUUAUGCUGUUGCAAACUCAAAUUACGUUCCUAAACACAUUAAGGAUCACAUUCCUGCUCACAUUAAGGUAUAAAUUGUGUGGAGAGAGAAAGAAAGAGGUAGAGAGCGAGAAAAAAGAAACAUGCCGUCCUCAACAAACAAUAUUCUCAACG